CGCCUCUCCAGAGCCGUCUGGCUGCAGCGGUGCCUCAGACAGAGGAGGGGAGAGGAGGAAAAAACGCUGAGUGAGUGGAGUGGAGCCUGGGAGGGGCUCCUUAAAGAAACGCUGCCAUCGCUUGGCAUUGUGGCCGGCGAGGAACUCAAGGGGGGGAAGCCAUCGGAGCUCCUCUCGCUCUCCGCUGCCCACCCCCACCCCACCCCCCCACCCCCGGCCGAGGGGGGGAAAAGAAAAAAAAGAAAAAAAGGAAAAAAAAAAAAAAAAAGAAAAAGCCUCGAGGGGGGAGUCGUGUGGGGGGGGUCCUGAAACCAUCUUAUAAACCGGAUUGCACUGAGAGGAGGAAAAACAAAACAAAACAAAAAACCCCACCGCCGCCACCACUACCACCACCACCACCAACAAAAAAAAAUCAACAAAACAACAACAAAAAAAGGAAAGAUACAAAAUAUACAAGCAAAAGGCAACAGCUCCCCGGUCUCCAGCAGUCGCCCACCUCCCUUCCUUCUCUGCUGCUGGCCAUCUGCCUCGGGUUUUCCUUUGUGUCUGAUCUCUUACUACUGAGCCGGGUGCAGGAGGAGGGUGCAGCGCACGCAGGGACCAUGCCCAGCUCGCUCUUUGCAGACAUGGAGAGGAACGGGAGCGGCGGCGGCGGCGGUGGCGGCGGCGGCGGCGGGGGAGAGACGCUGGAUGACCAAAGAGCCCUGCAGAUCGCCCUGGAUCAGCUCUCCCUGCUGGGGCUGGACAACGACGAGACGGGCUCCAUUUACGACAGCGAGCCUCGGAAAAAGAGCGUGAACAUGACCGAGUGCGUGCCGGUGCCCAGCUCGGAGCACGUCGCCGAGAUAGUGGGCAGACAAGGUUGUAAAAUCAAAGCUCUGCGGGCAAAGACCAACACCUACAUCAAGACCCCGGUUCGCGGGGAGGAGCCGCUCUUUGUUGUGACGGGCAGAAAGGAAGAUGUGGCCAUGGCCCGCAGGGAGAUCAUCUCGGCGGCCGAGCAUUUCUCCAUGAUCCGAGCCUCACGGAACAAGAACACAGCCCUGAACGGCACCGUUCCCGGCCCCCCGAACUUGCCCGGCCAAACCACCAUCCAGGUGCGGGUGCCUUAUCGCGUGGUGGGCUUGGUCGUGGGGCCCAAGGGGGCCACAAUCAAGCGCAUCCAGCAGCAGACGCACACCUACAUCGUGACCCCCAGCCGGGACAAGGAGCCGGUCUUUGAGGUGACGGGCAUGCCCGAGAAUGUGGACCGGGCCCGGGAGGAGAUCGAGGCACACAUCGCCAUGCGCACCGGCGGCAUCAUCGAGCUGACGGACGAGAACGACUUCCACGCCAACGGCACGGACGUGGGCUUCGAGCUGAACGGCACGGGCAGCCUCUGGAGCAAGCCCACACCGCCCAGCAUCACGCCCACACCGGGCCGCAAACCCUUCUGCAACUACCGCAACGACAGCUCCAGCUCGCUGGGCAGUGCCUCCACCGACUCCUACUUCGGCAGUGGCACGGCGGGGGGCAGCGGCGCCCGCUUGGCUGACUACAGCCCCCCGAGCCCCGCGCUGAGCUUCACCCACAAUGGCAACAACAACAACAACAGCAGCGGCGGCAGCGCCAACGGCUACGUGUACGGCGGGGGCGGCGGGGACGUGCUCUCCUCCCCGGACUGCUGCUCCGAGCUGCCCUUCGACUCGCCGCCCGGCUUUGACCUGGCCCCCGCCCCGCCGCCGGGGGCCACCCUCAUCUGGCCGCAGUUCGAGCGUGGCCCUGCGGCCGCGCCGCCCUCACCGGCGCCCUCGCCCGCAGCCGCCGCCGCCUUCCCGGGCGCGACGCCCGCCAAUGCCAACCUGGCGCUGCUGGUGAGCGGCCCGAGGCGGGGCGGCGGCGCUGCUCCGCCCCCGGCACGGCUCUCCCCGCCCCUACAUGGCCCGGUGGCGGCGGCUGCGGUGGCCGGGCCCGAGCACCCACUGGCACGGAGGGUGCGUAGCGACCCGGGUGGGCGGCUGCUGGCCGCCUCGUACCCGUUGUACGCCAAUGGGCUGGGCUCCCACCUGCCGGGGCUGCCCUCCGACUCGUCGGCCUCCUCCUCGUCGUCGUCCAGCUCGUCGUCCAGCUCGUCGUGCUCAUCGUCCGGCGUGCGGCGGAAGGGCAGCCGCGACUGCUCGGUGUGUUUCGAGAGCGAGGUGAUCGCGGCGCUGGUGCCCUGCGGCCACAACCUCUUCUGCAUGGAGUGCGCCAACCGCAUCUGCGAGAAGACGGAGCCGCAGUGCCCUGUGUGCCACAGCGCCGUCACCCAGGCCAUCCGCAUCUUCUCCUGAGCGUGACCGGGCCGAGGGUUGCUGGGGGUGCUGGUGGUGGUGGUGUGGGGGUGCUGGUGGUUGGGGUGCUGGUGGUGGGGGUGCUGGUGGCGACCGCGGGUGCAUGCUAUAAAUAAUAACGGGCGACUCCAUUCUAGUGCUAGGCUAGUUUUUACACUGUACUUUAAUACGAAGCUUCCAACCCCCCCCCUUUUUUAAAAAAAUAAGAAAAAACAGAAACAAAAACAAAAAAAAAAAUUGAAAGUAGGAGAUGCUUAUGAUGAUGACAAUGGUGUGUGGACUGUUAGUAAAACGUGCUGGUAGUUCCUAGGAUGCUUAUUACGAAAUAAUUAAAUCUAUGGGUGGAUACUUUUCUGAAUGUUCUUGAAAGGGCAAGAAGUUCCUGUGAAAACCAUGAUACUGCAGCUUUAUCAAAGUUAAAAAAAAAAAAAAAAAGAAAAAAAAAACAAACUGUAACAUAUCUCUUAUAUAUAUUAAAACGUUUAAAGGUUUUAAAGAUAAAUUGCAUUAAUACAGAUUGAAGUAUUUUAUUCUUUUUUGACUUGAAAAAUUAUAUUUCAUAUUGCAAAGAUGUUUACAAGUAUUUUAAUUUAAGUUCAGUGAACUUUUUGUAGCUGGGUUAAAUCUUUUUUAUUUUAGUAUGGCCUUAUGGCAAAGAACACUGUAUUAUUUUAAUAUCACACAAUUGUGAACGGAAUUACAAACCAUAAAAUGUGUAAUGCUUUGAACAGUAUUCUGUUGGGAUGGAGAUUUUAUAGGUUCAGAAAAAAAUCUUUUAAAUCUGCUUCACCCAGCAUAUUUUCUAUUCAGUGAUAUAAAGCAUAUUUUAUUCUAUAUUAUUACAAAAAUGGAAAUGUAUAAACAUAUGUCAAAAGGAACUGUUGAAGCUUUCUAACAUUUGUAUAAAUAGAAUUCAGUGGAAAUUACAAAAAUUCUGUUGCACCACUAUAGUUUUAGUAUUUCUAUUUUAAUACAUUUGUUUACCACUUGUUUAUGUAUAUGUAGGUGACGUUACUUGAGCUUAAAUGUACUUUACUGAGCAAAGUUUAAAAACAAAGUAUAUUUUAUUUUAUGAUAAAGGGCCUUUAACCUCAUGGUCAAAUACUAAUAUUAUAUUUGCUGAGACAAGA